AUCCAAAAAACAAAAAAAAAAAAACCCCAGAAAAAAAUUAGUGCUCCGCUCUUCUGGAAGCUUCUUCUUCUUCUUCUUCUUCUUCCCGAAUCCCGAUAAUGGCGAGCCCCGUGUUAACUCCCCAAACCCUAAUCUCCUCCUCCGCCUCUUCGUCCUCGUUGUUCUCUUCUUCGAUCCUACUCCGAAGAGUCCACACCGCAUCGUGCCUCUCCUUGAGAUCGAGGAGAUUUGGUUCGAACCGCGGCGCCCGCUCGUUGGCGAUAAGGGCGGAGACAAUGGCGACGGAGAAGCUGGGGAUCAAGGUCGAGAGGAACCCGCCCGAUUCGAGGCUCAACGAGCUCGGAGUGAGGCAAUGGCCCAAGUGGGGAUGCCCUCCGAGCAAAUUCCCGUGGACGUACACGGCGAAGGAGACCUGCUACCUUCUGGAGGGGAAGGUGAAGGUCUUUCCCGACGGGCACGGCAACGACUACGUGGAGAUCCAGGCAGGCGAUCUCGUGGAGUUCCCCAGAGGCAUGAAGUGCACUUGGGAUGUCUCUGUUGCCGUGGACAAGCACUACAACUUCGAAUAGCUUAAUUGUUGGGUCGAAACGAAGUACUCUUCUGGUAUGAUGUAUGGUCUAAGAAGUAGGAGAAUUAUUCCUAAUGUGUUUACCGAGAUGCAUGUAGUUUUCUAACCUUGUGAAGUAAUGAUAUCAAGUCCGAGGGAGGCUUAUUAUCUUAUGAAUGAGCAUGAUGCAUCGAUUGCCAUAUGUCUAAUGAGCAACAUGACACAGUAGAAAUUUAAGUUAUCUAUGGUUGAACCUUCUUUGCUUAUUCA